AUGGCAAGCUCCUUCGAAAAGUCCGUCAAGGGCGCCACCAAGAUCAAGGCUGCGCCCCCGAAGACGAAAUACAUCGAGCACAUCCUUAUAGCGACGCACUCCGGAGAGGCUGGAGUGGGCGAGGUCUUCCGCGCGCUGCAGCACCGGCUGAGAGAUUCAACAUGGACCGUUGUCUUCAAGAGCUUGAUCACUGUGCACCUAAUGAUUAGGGAGGGCUCGCCGGAUGUAACGCUGGCUUAUCUAGCGAAACACCGGAAUAUGCUGGCAGUGAGCAUGUUCUCCGAUGCCCAAACACAGGGGCGGAAUAUACGGCAUUAUGCCAACUACCUAUCAGAACGAGCGCGAGCGUAUCGUGACACAAAGAUCGACUGGGUGAGGGGCAGGGAGAGCCGCAUGGAUACGCUGUCCGUGGACAAGGGCCUUUUAAGAGAGACGGAGGCCAUUCAGAACCAACUGACGGCUCUUCUGAAAUGCGAUGUCAUGGACAACGAACCGGAGAACGAAAUAACAAUCACGGUCUUCAGGCUGUUGGUACUCGAUUUACUGGCCUUAUUCCAGGUGCUGAAUCAGGCACUGAUCAACAUCCUAGGUCACUUCUUUGAGAUGUCCAAGGUAGACGCGGAAAGAGCUAUGGAUAUCUAUCGCAACUUCACCAAACAGACGGAUGUGGUCGUUCAGUACCUCGGCGUAGCCCGCCAAUACGAGCACCAUACGAGGGUCGAGGUCCCUAAGCUGAAGCACGCACCCGUUAACCUCGGACGGCAACUGGAGGAUUACCUCAACGACUCCGAUUUCGAGAUCCAUCGAAGGCAGUACUUGGCUGAGUUGGAGGCUAAGAAGGGCAAAGGAGGCUCAGGGGCGUCCAAACCAUUCUUUACCACCAAGAAGAGCGAGUCCGCUCCCAAAGCAGCCUCCAACUCACCAUUCCCCGAAGUCAACGGAUCGUCAAGCACCGAAAACAAGCCAGCGCCGGCUAAGAACCCGAACACAGACCUGAUCGACUUCUUCGAUUCGAUAGAACAGAAUCAGACGCCACUGGGUGCGCAGCCCACCGCUCAGCCAGGUCAGAUGGGAGCGUCGCCUUGGGGACCAGAGAACGGCUUCCAGCCACAACCUACGGGAUAUCAAAAUGGAUUCGUCCCACAGCAAACAGGUUUCCAGGCUACAAAUCCCUUCCAGCAACACAUGGGGGCUUUUCAAGCACAGCAACAAGCGCCUCCGCAGCCAUUGCAGCCCUCAUUCACUGGUGCUGGGUUCGGAGGCUUCACUCCCCAGCCUGGUUACCAGAGCUCGCUGGCUGCUAUACCGCAGGAAUCGGCGAUGUCUUCGUUCCAGACGGGCGCGUCCAUGCCUAAUCUUCUGGCACCGCAACAAACUACUAAUCCCUUCCGCCAGUCCAUGCUGUCAGGCCAGCCAACCGGCAUGAGUGCGCAGUCUGCACCCACAAGUCCGCCUACACUUCAACCGCAACACACAUCCACAAAUCCAUUCGCUCGAUCGUCCUCGGCAACUGGCAACCCCUCCCCGUUCCAAUCUCCUCCACCAGCGGCACCGUUGCAACCCAUGGCCACCGGGACCAAUCCAUUUGCGAAGAACUUUGGCGGUGCUCAGCAACCACAAAGACCAGCAACAAGUGCUGGUCUAGCACCACAGCCGACAGGGACGACGAAUCCGUUCCGACAGUCGCAAUUUGUUAAUCACAACACGGGCAUGGGCUGGCAGCAUAAUCAACAGCCAAUGGGCGGCGGUCUAGAUACCCUCCAGACGCUCCCUGUGUUCCCUAGGCCAGCGCAACAGAGUCCCUGGGCCCAGCAGUGA